AUCAAUCAUCACUUUAAGUGUAUACACUAGAAGUUAACGCCUUAUUGACCACCAUGUCGCGUUUCUUUGCCGCUGGUUACAACUCCGACUCGAGUUCCGAUGAGGAAGACUUGCUCAGUUCUUCCGAUGAGCUUAUUUCGUCUUCUUCCGAAGGUGAACAGUCUGAUGAUCAAUUCUCCACCGACUCUGAAUUUGAUAACGAUGACGAUGAUAAUGAUGAUUCAUCCGAUGAUUCUGAUGGCGAGAUCCCAACUGGUCCAGCUUACUUCUUGAAGAAGUCCUUCCUCAAGGGCUCUGGAGGAGACUCCGACUCGGACAGUGAAGAUGAAGGUAGAAGAGUAGUCAAGUCUUCCAAGGAAAAAUUGCUUGAUGAAAUGAGAUCGUAUGUCGAAGCAAUUGCCUCUGCCCGUCGUUCCGGUGACUGGUCCACCGUUUUGGUCGAGUUUGACAAGUUGAACCGUCAACUCAUCAGAGCUGCUCAACAAAACGUCAGCAUUCCAAACUUUUACAUCAAGAGUCUUGCUGAAACUGAUGAUUACAUUGUCGAAACCACUGCCAAUGAAAAGGAAGCCACCAAGAAGAUGAACGCUGCCGUCGGUAGAGCCUUUAACACUGUCAAGCAAAGAGUCAGAAAGCAAAUCAAAGAAAACCAACAGUACAUCGACUUGUUCAGAGAACAACCAGAACUCUUUGAUAAAGAAGAAUCCUUGGAUGAACAUAUCAUUCCAGCUGUCUCCUCCACUGAUGCUGCAUCUGGUGAAGCUGGUUCCUCUCAAAGAAUACUUUCUCCUACUUUCACAACUCUUAGACAAAUCUCUGAAACUCGUGGUAAGAAGAAUGUUGACCGUAUGGAACAAAUUCAAACUUUGGAAGAUCUUCUUGCUCUGAUCCGUGGUUCCGACAAGAUUUUCGAAAUCAUUUCUGUUUCCCUCAUGUUGUUGUCAAUCCGUUUCGACGCUUCUGCUAACUUGGUUUUCAUGUCUAUUGAUCAAUGGAACAAGAGUGAAAAUGAUGUCAAUGAUUUAUUGGAUCUUUUAUCUGGUCCAGCUGGUAAGACUUACCAAGUUUCCGAAUUUGGUACCAUUGCCGAUGACUUGGAUAUUGAACCAACCGCCAAUGAACAAGGUGUUAAGGUUGUUUUUGGUUCCAUCACAUCUCUCAUUGAACGUUUGGAUGAUGAAUUCACUAGAUCUUUGCAAAAUGCCGACCCUCAUUCUCUCGAAUAUAUUGAACGUUUGAAGGAUGAAUCUAAGAUUUACAAGUUGAUUGUCAGAGGACAAUUGUACGUUGAAUCAACCACUCCAGUUGAACUCAGAACUCAACCUGAAGCUGAACCAUUAGCUAGAAUUGUUUGUAGAAGAUUGGAACAUGUCUACUACAAGCCAGAUCAAUUGAUCAUUGCAAACGAACAAGAUGCCUGGAACGGUAUUUCCAAGGACUCCGACUCUUCUAUUGUAUCCAAGUCCGCCACUCCUUCUGAAUUAAUGGCUUCUUUGUCAGACUUUUUGACCAACCAAGCACACUCCAUUUACAAGAAGAAGGCUUUACUCUGUACUGUCUACUAUAAUGCGGUUAACAACAAAUACACCGAAGCUAAGGAUCUUUUCUUGGGAUCUCAACUUUACUCACACAUUCACAAGUCUGAUUCAUCAUUACAAGUGAUGUACAACAGAGCUUUGGUUCAAUUGGGAUUGGGUGCUUUCAGAGCUGGUGCUAUUGAAGAAUCACAUCAAACUUUGACUGAAAUUGCCAACACCCAAAGAUUAAAGGAACUUUUGGGUCAAGGUUUCAGUACAAAAUAUCCAAACCAAGCAACCACAGCUGAAAAGCAAAAGUUACUUCCAUUCCAUAUGCACAUUAACUUGGAAUUACUUGAGUGUGUCUACAUGACUGGUACCUUCUUGUUGGAAAUCCCAGCAAUUGCUGCUGCCAGUGACAACUCUAAGGACUCCAAGCGUAAGACUUCUAUUAAGUCUUUCAAGAGUAAGUUGGAAUUCUACGACAAGCAAUACUUUACUGGUCCACCAGAAAGUAUCAAGGAUCAUGUUGUACAUGCCUCCAAGGCCUUGCAAAAGGGUGAUUGGGCAAAGGCUUAUGACUUGUUACUGUCCAUCAAGAUCUGGAAAUUGUUCCCUGACAAUGAAGCUUUGUUGGCUAUGAUGAAGCAUCAAUUACAAGUUGAAGGGUUGAGAACGUAUAUAUUUACUUACAAGUCUCUCUUUUCCAAGUUGUCUUUGGCCAAAUUAUCUACUGUGUUUGCACUUGACAAUGAAGCAGUUGUUGAAAUAGUGAACAAGAUGAUUGAAAAUGAAGAGAUUAGUGCCAAGAUUGAUGAAUCUGGUAAAUUUAUGGACUUCACAACUGAAGAACAUCAAAGAACUAGAUUGCAAGAAUUAGCCAUUGUUAUGAAUGAAAAGGUUAAGCUUGUGACGGAGAAGAAUGAAAAGACCGCUGCCAAUGGACAUGGAAGAAAGCUGCAACAACAAAUGCAACAACAAAAGGAGCAAAAGGAACAGCAGCAACUAGAAGAAAACAAUAGAUUCAGAUAUGCCAGUGUCAACACCAACAACGAUGAAUUCCAAACAUAAGGGUUUCCAUCAUGAGGGAAACUCUGUUUCUUGUAAUUUUAUCAUUGCAUCGCUUCCUUGUGGAAGCGGCUUGUUUUACCGUUUGCUUACGGCGAUUCGUCUAUAGACAUACGUACUUAAAUACACAUUAAGAAAGAAUAUCGGAUUGUAGAGA